AAUCCGGGUCACCAAUCAACUUGAGUGAGAAACUUUCAUCCUUGAGCAAUGACAUAGUCUCCAGGGCAGCAUUCCGUAAUAAAUGCAAAAAAUAAAGAAAUGCUCGUCUCAGCACUGCAUGAAGCCGCUAGUUUGGCAGAUCUUACCUUUGAAGAUAUAUUCCCGUCACUGAAAUUGCAUCAUUUUAUUGGUGGAAUGAAAGAGAAACUUACGAGGAUACGUAAAAAGAUUGACACGAUUCUUGAAGAAAUGAUUGAGGAACACAGAAGGGAUAGAUCAUUGAGAUAUUUAGAGGAAGAUUUUGUUGAUGUACUUCUUCGGGUUCAAGAAAGUGGUGAGGUUAAGGUUCCAUUGACAACCGAUAAUAUUAAAGCAGUCAUUGCGGAUAUAUUUGCUGGAGAAACCGAUUCUGUCCCUUCGUGAGUUCGUCAAGUGUCUGUGUGCAAUAAGUAAUGCUUAUUACAUGAUUUUGUUAAUUGUAUGUCUGAUAAUAAGUGAUGAUCAUUACAUGAUUUUGUCAAGUGUAUGUCUGACAGUCUGUAAUAUGAUUAUUCCCGUCCCUGAUGUUGCUUUAUCAUUUUGUAAUUUGUAUUGGUAUAAUUUGUAUAUUUGCUUUAU